AUGGCUAUGCAGUAUACUGACAUUUUGCUAUCAGUGCAUCCCCACGUGGAGAAGGCAUUGCACAGCUUGUUCAAACGUGCCUGUCUCGACUGUCCUGGAACAACACCUUCUUGUCCGUCGUGUUCUGGCGGCAAGGUCUGCUCGUUAGUACCUCAAUCUUGCGACACUUGCGCAUACACGACUUGCGUCGCCUCCAACGAUGGCUCACCACACCACUCUGGACCCAACGUCGCUGCAAUCGCUGGAGGAGUGAUUGGAGGUAUCUUCUUCGUCGGUGUACUCGUCUUCGCCUUCUACUGGUACGUGAUUCGACCGCGCCGUAUCAAGCUGGAGGAAGAAUGGGAAGAGGAGGACCAAGCCGAGAACCGCAAGUCCAACUUCAACAUGCAGAGGUCGGAACGCGCAUCCGUGCAUACCGUGCACUCGGUCGCCAACAGCAUCCUCAGCCGAGCUUCCAACUUUAUUCCCAUCGCCUACAUUCCCGGUGUUAUGAACAGAAAUGGCGGAGAAGAGCAUGUCCCUCCUGUUCCUCCGAUUCCUGCCGCCCAUGGACCUCCUCUCAGCGCUUCAUCUUCGAAUGGCGAUGCUUUGUUCUUCCGUCCCGGCGACCUCCGCGACUCGACCUACUCGGACACAUCUUCCCUUGACAACCGUAGUACUUUCUUCGGCCGCCCCAGUAUCACUCCCUCUCUCGCUCGUAGUAGCAUAGCCACAUACCGCGACGACGCCGUCGUAAACCCCAUGCCCGCACAAACCGUCCUUCGCGGAAAAGCAAAUGUCGUCAGUGUAAAGAGUGGAAACAGCGGAACACCCACCUCCACACCACCACAAAACACUCCUGCCGAUGAGAUUAGCAACCCGCUCAACCGCAGUGCGAGCGGCAGAAAACUAAACAUCGUCAUGCCUGCAAGCAGUGAUGCCAUCAGGCCAGGCUCCUCCAACUCAGACUCUUCACAACAAACCCUCAGCUCAGCAAGCUACGGCAAACCCGUCCUACUCACCCUUGGCUCAAAGACAAAACCCAAAGGCCGCUUCCCUGUCUCUCCCGACCCCCAAGCACGACCCAAUGUGUCAUCUCCAUUAGCAUCUUCCACCACCACAACACCAGAUACAGAAAUCGACGCCUCGCCAUUCGCAGACUCUGCCUCGAUCUCUUCACCUCAGCAACAGCAACAGCAGACGACUCCGAAACGUACGCCUGGGGGUUUGAGUGCUGUUAUUGAGGAAACUGCUAGCGCGAGGGGCAGUUUACCUGCGAAUAAGAGGUUGAGUAGGCAACAGUAUCAGCAAGUUCCGAGGGGACAGAGUCCUUUUGGGGAUGAGCAUGAGGCUUAG